AUGGAACAAAGUAUUGAAUUACAACAUGAAAUUGAAACAUUUCGUUCUAAACUUGAUUAUAUUGUAACAUAUAUUAAUCAAAAAUUGGAUCAACAAAAAAUAACAACAACAACAUUAUCAUCUUUAUCUAUACAUCAAUUAGUAUUUGAAACUAUGCAACAAGAAGAAAAUGAUCUUUUAAAAUAUUUAAUGGAAAAAUCACAAAAUAUAUCAGAUAUUGAGCAAACAAAAUUAUUUUCUAUUAUUCAACAACGUUCACUUGAACGUGAAAUUGAUCUUGUUCGUCAAGAACUUGAAAUUACAGAGAAAAAAACUAUUCAAUUUGAACAAACAUUUGAUAAUUCAGAUGAAGGAAUUAAAGGUCAUAUGGAAAAUCUUAAAUUAAAAUGUGAUGUAUUACAUAAACAUAUUCUAACAUGUAGUCAACGAUUAGAUGAUAUUAAUAAACAAAAUCUUAUGAAAUUAACAAAUGAAAAUCAAAUAUUGACAUAUGAUGAAUAA